AUGUCCCAGAGCAGGCAUCGCGCCGCAGCCCCGCCGCUGGAGCACGAGGACAGCGGGACCUUCAGUUUGGGGAAGAUGAUAACAGCUAAGCCAGGGAAAACACCAAUUCACGUAUUACACGAAUACGGCAUGAAGACCAAGAACAUCCCGGUUUAUGAAUGUGAAAGAUCGGAUGUGCAAAUACACGUACCCACUUUCACCUUCAGAGUAACCGUUGGUGACAUAACCUGCACAGGUGAAGGUACAAGUAAGAAGCUGGCGAAACAUAGAGCUGCAGAGGCUGCCAUAAACAUUUUGAAAGCCAAUGCAAGUAUUUGCUUUGCAGUUCCUGACCCCUUAAUGCCUGACCCUUCUAAGCAACCAAAGAAUCAGCUUAACCCUAUUGGUUCAUUACAGGAGUUGGCUAUUCAUCGUGGCUGGAGACUUCCUGAAUAUACCCUUUCCCAAGAGGGAGGACCUGCGCAUAAGAGAGAAUAUACCAUUUGUAGGCUAGAGUCGUUUAUGGAAACUGGAAAGGGGGCAUCAAAAAAGCAAGCCAAGAGAAACGCUGCUGAGAAAUUUCUUGCCAAAUUCAGUAAUAUUUUUCCAGAGAACCACAUUUCUUUAACAAACGUAGUAGGCCAUUCAGUAGGAUGUACUUGGCAUUCGUUGAGGAAUUCUCCUGGUGAAAAGAUCAACUUACUGAAAAGGAGCCUUCUCAGUAUUCCAAAUACAGAUUACAUCCAGCUGCUUAGUGAAAUCGCCAAGGAACAAGGUUUUAAUAUAACAUAUUUGGAUCUAGAAGAACUGAGCGCCAACGGACAGUAUCAGUGUCUCGCCGAACUCUCCACCAGCCCCAUCACGGUCUGUCACGGCUCUGGGAUCUCCUGUGGCAACACGCAGAGCGAGGCCGCUCACAAUGCCCUACAGUAUUUAAAGAUAAUAGCAGAAAGAAAGUGAGCCUGAAGCAACUCCCGGAGCCCUCAGUAGCACAGAAGAACUCCCCCUGUGCCCCUCACCAAGUAAAAUGUUUACUACAUUUGAGUUUGUGUGUUGUUUCUAAAUCUCUACCUAGAUUCCAUCAACACUUCAGAAUUAACGACCUCCUCGUAGUUCUUAAACUCUUUUUAAUGGCUUCAACUUUGUACUGGUAUAUUGUAUUUAUAAACUUUGUACCAUAGGCAGAGUGUAGCAUCCAUGUUACAAUGCCACGUCCAUACAGGGAAGAAAGUGCAUGUUGUUGAUGAUGAGGAUGACAGAGACGGCAAAGAAACAAAACUACUGCUAGCAACAGUCGUUCUUACUGGUGCUUAACCUCUUCUUUGUGAAUGGCUUUGUACAGGCAAUUCGAGGGAAGCCCCUUAGAGUUUGGAGGAAUGCGCUGACAGACGUUCAGUGAAUGUCACUGUUGAAUUUCAGGGAACAUGAUUGGUCUGCUGUGUAUUUGAAUCCGUGUAAUAAAGAGCUGUUGUUGUAAAAAAAAAA